AUGGUGUUCGGCGCGUUGUUCUGCACGACGCUCGUUGUCAGCGUCGCUUCUCAACAAAUGAGCCUCUGCGAUUAUUUCGAGAAGCUCGGUUGGAGCCUUCCUGAAGUCUUAUACCAACUGAUGUUUCCUUUUCAGGGAUAGCCAAGCCGGAAUGCGGCCACAUCAUCCGGAAACCGACGUUCAACGCCUUCAACACUUUCAACGCCUACGCACCAGUCGGAACCUUCAAUAACUUCAACGUUCCGACUUUCAGGUUUAUAAUUUGAGUUGUAGAUCAUACCUGGGCAGGUACAGAACCCAACUAGAUUAGUAAGAGAGGUUAAACUGCAAAAAUUUAAAAAAAAAUGGGAAAGUAUAGACGAUUCACGGCUAGCUUGGGACGCAAAAAGGCGUGGCCUGUCUGCACUCUCUACCAACCAGGGCACUGUCUCGUCUCUUUUCGUGGCAGGACCCUUUUCUCGAUGACUCAAGCCAGCCGUGAAUCAGCUAUACAGCACUUCAAAAAAAAAGUCAUUUUUGACAAGAUAAAAAUGAUUUUUAACAUCACGGAGGGGAGUUUAUUUAAGAGAAACUUCUUAGGAACGCCGAAGUGGCCACUAGAGGGGCAAGGACACCUUACCUCGCUCUAUGGAAGGCAAUAAAGCUUUCAGAAGUGGCUAGUCUAAGGGUUUGAGCUAGUGGUCACUCUAGGGAAGUAUCCUGGUGUUCCCUAGAAAUACGAAAAUGGUCUAGCCCCCUAGAGAGCAAAACUUUUAGGGGCCUCUAUAGGGUUUUGACGUUUUAGUGGCUACUAUAGUAGUCAAAUUAGUGGCCGCUAAAGAGUUCUAAGUGGUACUAUUAGAUGACUGUAACUACUGAAGUUGCGACUAAUACACAAAUAGUUGUCUCUAUAGAGGUGGUUUUAGUGGUCACUUUAGUGUCCUCUUCAAGAAGUCCUUUGGGAGCCUCUUUUCCCUAACCCCUCAAGUUACCACUCUGGCGUUGCUAAAUUGAGGAAAUUUUCAGCGAAACUACAAUGUAGAAGAAAUGAUAAUUUCAUUAAAAUUUAUUCAUUAACUUUUUUUUCAGACCAACUUUCAACUCGUUCGCUUUCAAUUCCUUGGCAGGUGGCUCCUCAUCAGUGGCUUGUGGGUUUUUCCCUGAAUUUUUGUCUUUACCGCUGGAAAUUAGAUUAAAACUAGUUACAGAUAAAAAUGGUAAUUUUUAAUGAAGCUAUACAUUUUCUUUGACUCUUCAAAAAAUUCAAAAUUUUCACAGCUUUUUGGAUUUUCUCUGCAUCAGAAUGUCACUAUUUUUCCCGAAAGUUCAGAAAUUUACCCCUUUUUUUCGAUAGUUUCCCAGAAGGUCUGAGUAUUUUUUGGACAAGAAAUAAAAAAAUAAAGAAAAAGUCCAGUUCAAUAAAUUCAUUGGGAGGCUACGGAACUGUCAAAAAAAUCAUUUUUUUGAAAUGUCACUUUUUUUUUGAAAAAAAUCACGUUUUUUUCGCUGUUUUUUUACACUAGAUUCCAGUAUUUUGUUGAUUUUUCGGUCCGUUUUUUCUCCUAAUUUUGCAAUGUGCGCGGCCGCCUCUAGGACAACAUAGACAGAUUUUUGGUCGAGUUGAAGUGCACUGGAAUCGCGUAGCUUACGAGAAGCUUUUUUUGAACACAGCGUAGAGCUAAUUCGAAGCUUCAAAGGGCUCGGAAGCUUCAAUAGCGAAGGAAAAAGCUUUUCGGGUUUUUAAAUUCAGAUUUUAGUUGAAGAUUGAAUAGGAGAAGUCAGUGGCCGUUUUUGAUUAGUUUUAUUCUUAAUUAUUGAAAUGAACGUUUUUUAUACGCUUGUUUCCAAAAAAAUCUUCAAACUUACAAAAAAAGGGCCAAACUGACUCAAUAUUUUUGAUCAGUAAAAAUUGCUCACCAAAAAUUUCUUCAUCAGAAUUUCAGAUUAUUUUUGACCUUGGAAAAAAAGCUUUUUACUGUUCAAAAAUAGUGGAUAAAAUUAUUUUUUGUUUCAAGCCAGAAAUGUUUUCUCUGGAUUCAAUCCCGCUCAAAAAAUUAUAUACCAAUGGUCUGGACACUAUAAGUAGGGACCGCAGAGCCACGCCCACUUCGCUGUUCAAAAAAACUUCGUCAUUUUUCGUUGCAUUUUGGUUCUUUUUUUAUAUUUUAAAAACAGUUUUCUUGUACCGAUUUGGGAAAAAAAUUGGGGAAAACAUACAAACGGCUAUGCUUAACAAUCCUACAUAAAAAGAAAAAUACUUUAAUUUUUUUUCAGAAUGUCAAGUAAAGAAUUCUAAAAAGAUUGUUUACGUACACUCCAUGUAGACGCACAAACUUCGGAGAAAAAUAAAAGAAGUAGAAAAUCAAAAGUAAAAACGCUUUCGCCCUUUUUUUUUAAAAAAAAAACUCUCUGAAAAAGGACUUGGUGAUUAUUUACAUAUUUUUCAGUAAAUUUCUUAGUAGACUGUUACAUUUUCAAUUUGGUUUAAUGCUGUUCGUCCUUCGCAAAGGUCUAUUUUGUCGGUUAUUUUCUUUUUUUACGCAAUGCAUUGAAACCUUUUUCAAAACUCGCUUUUCAGCAGCGUGAGUGCUUGAAGAGUAGGCUGAUAUUGAAAAAAAGAGCAAUAUUCAAUAUGAAAAACUCUAAUAUUUCAUUUAAAAACUUCUAAAAAAACUCAAAUAAAUAUGUUUUCGAAACGUCUCCUGCGUGAAUUAACGCACAGCAAGGAGCGCGCGGCAUCUAUAAACACGCCCCUUUUCCUGCGACCCUGACGAAAGUUUCUACACAAAAGUGGUUCCCCCGAUUUCGCCACUUUUUUGCUUAUAACUUUUUUCAUUUUUCAUAUUUUUCUUUUCUGUUUUCGCAGUUAGCUCUCGAUUGCCAUCAGCUUUCUUUUCAUAUAGGUUUCAACUUUAUAUCACUGACUUUGGAAAUUGGCCUGCGGUCCCUAACUAUAAGUGAGGCAGUGCAGGAAAACGAGUGCUUUAGAUUUUUUUUUUCUCUAAUUUUUUUUUUCGUCACUUCCCAGCUAGCAAUGAUAGAGUAGGCGCCACAUAUCAGACACCAUGAAGAAAAAAUAAUAAAAUGUUACCUUCUUUUGCAAAAAGUGAAGCCAAGCACAUCGUUUCGAGACGAAUUUCAGCGUUCGGCGCCGCGUUGCCCCUCUGUCGCAACUACUUCCACUCGUGCAUGAGUUCUUCGACGUGCGAAUCUGGCACAGUCUGCACCAUCGGAACUGGCCUCGGGUCGUGUUGCACGAGUCCAGAAAGAGCCAGGUGCUUCCAUAAAACUUUGUAUCAUUUUUUUAGGAGUCAAAGGGACUCUUCCGUUCAAAAAUCUUCAAAUUUUUUUAAUUUUUUUAAAAAGUUUAUUUUUGGUUGUUGAAAAAGCCGAAUGAUCUAAUUCAGACCUAGAUUCAUAACCAAAAGAGAAGGUGCUUUGAUAAGAAUAUUUAAUUUUUGUGGAACUUUAAAAAAGCUAGGUCCUCCAAUGGAGAAUACUUGUUCAUUUUAGGUCGUUUUUGAAAAAAAUCAAGGCUCUAAACUUUGAAUUUUUUUAACUUUAUAAUCAUUUUUAAAAGUACUAGGCACUUUAAAUUUGAACACUUCUCUGUUUUCAGAUCAUUUUCAAAAGGUGCUUUUAAUUGAAAAUUUUUUUAAAAAAAUGGGAUUUUCCAAAAAAAUUACAAUUUUUUUAGUUGCCCCUCAGCCACUCAACUCAACAUCAACUGCCGCAAGCUGAGAAGUGUUAAUUGGUUCGUUUUAUUUUAUUAAGAACUAUCUUAACUGAAAGCGAAAACCAAGAUGAUUAAGCCAAUCUAUGACAUCUCAAAAAUUUCAAGACCCUCCCAUUUUUUUCAGAUUUUUUUUCGGAUAUUUUUUUGAAUUUUAACGCCAAAGGCAACCUCUUGGUUACAGUUUUUUCCCAUCUAAAAACUAAAAUUUCGGCUUAGGAGCUCAAAAAGUGUGUAUCUGAAAAUCAAGUCGCGAAAAUUGAGACGGAAAAAUGAGCCGCCAAAAAAGUAGCCUCGACAAAAAACAACACCGGACUGUCCGGAUCCCGUGGCCAUUUUAAAGCACUUUUGGCGAUUUUUCUGCUUCGAUCAAAUCUGAUGGACUUUUCUAUGAGAAGAGGAAAAUAGGGAAAAAUGAAGUCAGACUUAUUUGAUUUUAUAAUCGGCCCAAAAGUCUCACUAGAAAGGUCAGAAGCUCAAGAUCGGCCAGAAAAAUUGUGAACAAUAAAUAAAAUUUAUAUUUUUGUGAUGAUUUUUGAAUUAUUGAGGUCUCAUUGAUCGUUCAGUACAGCUUUUUGAAUGUUUGGUAAAGAAAAAGAAAAAUUAAGUUUUUUUAAUUUAAUUUUUUUACUGGUUUUAUUAAUCGUGUAAAUUUGAGUUUCUUCAUUUUUCUUCUUCCAAAAAUCAUAAUUUUUUUCCAAUCAAAAAAAUUCUAGCUGGGUUUCGUAUUCUUAAGAAGUAAAAAUUAGUUAAUUUUGCAAAAAUAAUUGAAUCUGGCAAUCUUUAAACUGUAUUUUCAAGAUCUCAAAUUUCAAAAAUUACAGGUCUUUCUGAACGGGAAAUGCUCAUAAGGACCUAAAAAAAGAAACUUUUUGAGAAAAAUCUUUUUUUGCACUUUUCUUGACUCUUUUUCUAAAAAAAGGACCUUUAAGGAGAAAAAAAAUAAGAAGACGGGAAGCUUGAAGAGAUUCAGAGAAACGUUUGACACCUUCUUAGGAAUUUUGAAAGAAACAUUCUUUUUGAGGCCGUUUUACUAUGAACGAGUGACGUUUGUGAGGUCUUGUAUCCUAAAAAAAGAUUGUAUCUAUCGAAAAAUCCAUCCUUAUUCACUGAAGGUGCAACUCGGACGCGGACUGCCGCGGGAGCUCGACGACGCCUUCGAUGUGCUGCCCCACCGGGUGCAACUACAACAUGUGCGUCCACGUCGGCCUCCCCGUCGUCCAUCCCCGUCGAAGCAUCGGUCCGACCCUUCCCAACUUCCUCCCUUCAAUCCCCUUUCUGUAGCCUUCUCCUCGAUGGCCCAUUCCGCCUCUGGAGAUUCGUGUCCCGACUCGUACCAACUUGACAUCAAAUGCCAGUCUCACCGAAUCACCAGCUGGUGCAACUCCGACAGCGAAUGCCGCAGUGGGAUCAACACCAGGAAGUUUGCCGUUUUUCUGGGAAAGUGACCGCUUUAAAAAAAAUUUGGCGUUGAUAAUAGUCGAUUCACGGCUAGCUUGGGACAUGGAUGGGCGUGGCCUGUCUGCGCUUUCCACGAUCCAGGCGCUAUCUCAUUUUCAUCGUGUCAGGACCGUUUUUCGAUGGCUCAAGCUACCCGUGAAUCAGCUAUACUUAGGGACCGCAAAGCCACGCCCCUUUUCGCGAUAGAAAAAGUGGCUUUUUUUUGGUUUUCAACUUUCAUUUUGAUGUAGUUGUAAAAUAUGUGGAACUGGCAAAUAAAAUUUGACACACUUGUACAGAAAAAAGCUUCCUCUUUCGUUUAAAAAAAUAUUUCACGCUUUUUUUGAUGCGUUCGCGCGGAAUGUCGUACAAAAAAACGUGAAUGGAACUAAAAAAAUUUUGUCGUUUUUUUGCUUUUUUUCAUGUGUUUUUCAGGUCGAACGCACUCUUUCUUUUUUUAAAUAAUGAUUUUUGAUUCAAGUAACGGUAAUUUUAAAACAAUAAAAAUAAAAAAAUUCGUCUUUGCCAAAAAAAUUUUUAGGGAGUGCCGAAAGUCGUAAUUCAAAAAUAUCGUUAAUAUGCGAAUAUAAUCGAGUUUUUUUCUUUUUCAAAAAUUUAGAUCACGGGCUUACUUAAAUAUUUCUCCACAGAAUAUGUGCUUGAAAAAAAGUUGUUUAAUACGCAAAAAAAUGCUCUUGAAACUAGAGGAUAAAAUUAGCGGCGUUUAUCACACAGAAAGCGGUCGAACGCAGGUUUUUUUAAACGAUUAUAUACAUUUAUUAGUAAAAAAAUCUUUCAAUUAAAAAGAAUAAAAAUAAAAAAAUUCGUCUUUGCCAAAAAAAUUUACGGGGCCGUUUUAAUGCAGCGAUCGUUAAACGAGGCAAAAAAAGCACUAAAAAAACAGUUUUUUUCGAAGUGAAUUUCCACGAACCGUUUGAGUAAAGAUUUGCAAACAUAUUCUGAUAAAAAAAUAGCUAAAUUACUUCAAGUUUUUUUCUUUUUGAAAUAGACAAUCUGUGCUAUUCAAACGGCUCAAGGGUAUGGCGGAUGGAAGCUCCCCGCGUUGGACCUAACAGCUUUGGCGCAACGCGUGCGCUCCGAUUUUACAUUUUGAGGUAGCGAGUUCGAUGCCCGCAAGCGGCAGUUUUUUUUGUUUUUCUGGAAAAAUACCGACUUUUUUUCGACAAACUAGCUGAUUAGCAUCAUUUUAGCACUCUAGUAUGAUUUGUUACAUCAUAAUAGACCAGUAUCAAAAAUUUGUUCUAGAAGAAAAAAAUCGAAAAAAAUGUCAAAAAAAUGGAUAAUACCAAAAAUUUCAGUACUAAAAAAAUGGUGCGCGGCGCGCCACCUUUUUCCGUCAUAACUUUUUUUCAUCCUCAAUCUUUGGUGGUAUGAAAAAAACACCUGCGAAAAUUCAAACGGCGACUUUUCCGAUUUUUUCAUAUCGCUAGGUAACUUUCCGACGGCCACCUUUCCGACUUUUUUUUCCCUUAUUUUUUUCGGUUUAUAAAACAUCUAUUCACAUUUUUUUAUUCCUGUUUCUUUGUGUUUUAAUCAUUAACCAACUACCUACUUUAUAUAGGAAGAUUUAAAACGAAAAUUUUAUCGAGAAAAAAAAGUCGGAAAAAGUUUCGUCGGAAAGGUGGCCGUCGGAAAGUUCCCUAGCGAUAUGAAAAAAUCGGAAAAGUCGCCGUUCGAACUUUCGCUGGUGGUUUUUUCAUACCACCCAAUCUUUUUUGAAAAACUAAACGGUUCUGAGUUUUGAAUCGAAACAGCUAUCGAACCAUACAAAGCUCAAUGCUGAAAAAAAUUUUUUGAAAAUUCGUCUGCGGUCCCUAGCUAUACUAUCAAAAUUUGCUCAGAGGUUCUUCAGGACCUACUCUCCACUUUUAGACCUCCCUUUUAAGAGAGCAGCCUAGUGGUCAUUUAAAAAGUCAAAUUGAAGUGGCCACUUCAGAAUUUUUUUCAUAUGGAAAGUUAUUUCACUCUAAAUUUUGGAAAUUCCUGAAAAUUUGUUUUUUUACUAGAUGAAAGUCUUGUUAAUCUACAAAAAGUAACUACUUUUUAAAAAAAAAUGCUCAAAAAUUCGUUGAAAUCGCUCUCAAAAAGCUUAAAAAAACUAGAGAAUUUUUGGCAGUCGUCAUUUCCAAGAAGUUUAGAUAAUUUCUAAGCGAAUUUCCGAAAAUUUUAAAGUCCACAGUGAAAUAACCUUUCCCGCGAAAAAAAUAUAAUCAAAUCCGAAAAAAAUAUUCAGAUGCUGUCCCACGCUUUGCGGGUACAACGCAUGCGUCAUGAAGUUCAACAACAAAUGGAUCGUCGCAUAG